AUGGAGGACGAAGAACGCAUCAAAGCUAGCCUCCAGGGCUUGACGGUUGAGACCAAACCAGACGUGUUCGCAGUGAACGAGACCGAGGUGAAGAAAGAGGACGACAGUGCCCCAGGGUCCAGUGGCUCGAGAUCCAGGUCGCAUAGCAUGUCGCCAGACCAAAAGCCACGCAGUGACAGCGCGUCAACGCCAGACGUGAAUGGGGUACAACCACAAAAGUCUCGAAAGGGCGCGCAAAAGUCAGCACCUCGGCAACCCCCUCUCUUCAAUCACCUCCCCGACGUCACGGAGGAGGCUACUGGCCACUUUCAACUGAUUCCGGAUUGUUUGUACGGAUCCAAAUCUCUUGGUGCUUCGGAACAUGAUACCUUGGAUUGCGAUUGCGCUGAGGAGUGGCGCGAUGGUAAGAACCAUGCAUGUGGCGAAGAUGCCGACUGCAUCAACCGUAUCACCAAAAUGGAGUGCUUCGACCGAGAGUGUAACUGUGGCGACGGCUGCGAGAAUCAACGCUUUCAACACAAAAGAUACGCCAACGUCUCUGUCAUCAAGACGGAGAAGAAGGGUUUUGGAUUACGAGCAAACUCGGAUUUGCAAGCCAACACCUUCAUCUAUGAGUAUAUCGGUGAGGUCAUCAAUGAGCCAACAUUCCGGCGGCGAAUGAUGCAAUACGACCAGGAAGGUAUCAAGCAUUUCUAUUUCAUGUCUCUGCACAAGAAUGAGUUUGUAGAUGCGACCAAGAAGGGUAACCUCGGUCGCUUCUGCAACCAUUCUUGCAACCCCAACUGCUAUGUCGACAAGUGGUGUGUUGGCCCUAAGAUGCGCAUGGGCAUUUUCACCAGCCGUGAGGUCAAGGCAGGCGAAGAACUCGUGUUUAAUUACAACGUCGAUCGCUAUGGCGCAGACCCUCAGCCCUGUUACUGCGGUGAAAGCAACUGUAUUGGCUUCAUUGGUGGAAAGACGCAGACAGAGCGGGCAACCAAAUUGUCUGCUGCAACGAUUGAGGCCCUCGGCAUUGACGAUGCCGACAGCUGGGAUACCACGGUCGCAGUCGUCAAGAAGCCCCGCAAGAAGCGAGUUGAGGAAGACGAUGAAGACUACGUUAAUAGCGUACAGGCUCGUGGUCUUGACGAUGAAAAGGGGGUGCAAAAAGUCAUGGCUUCGCUCAUGCAGUGCAAAGAGAAAUGGAUUGCUGCUAAACUCUUGGAGCGUAUCGAGCGCUGCGAGGAACGUCUCCUCCCCAGCAUUGUCCGCGUCCACGGAUAUGAGAUCCUCAAAACGACGCUCAACUCUUUCAAAGACGAUCGCAACCUGGUUCUCCAAAUUCUUCAUAUCCUAAACAGGUUCCCGCGCCUAACAAGAAACAAGAUUACCGAUUCCAAGAUUGACGUGGUCGUUCAACCUCUGGUCGACUCGGAGCACGAGGAUAUUGCAGCUGAGUCGAAGCAGUUGCUGGAAACUUGGAGCAAAUUGGAAACAGGCUAUCGUAUCCCUCGCAAAGCCCGAAAUGCUCAAGGGGCUACUGCACCUGUCAACUCCUUUGAGGAACGUCGUGGCGGCCCCCGGCUUGAGGAGCCACAACAAAAAGUCACCAAUGCCCCGCUGCCGGACAAUGUUCCCAAAGGCCCUCGAAACAGCGUACCCCAGCGAAACAUGAAUGUCGUUCAUCAGCCACGCCAGCGUCGCCCGCCUGAUCAGAGUACACUUCCGCCUGGCUGGUUCAUUGCGUAUGACCAAUCAGGCAAGUAUUAUUUCUAUACCAAAGGUGGAACUGUGCAGUGGCAUAAACCAAAUGUCCCGGCGCCUGAGGCCUUCCAAACGGCACCAUCCAGAGCUGUGCAGGAGCAAAAGUCGUUGCAGGAUCUUAUUGAUUCUGUAUCCAAGCCCAAGUCUGCCACCCAAACACCCCAGCAAGUCAGCACACCUGCCCAAGACGCCAAGAAGGAAAAAUGGCGCUCGCUCCCUGUUGAGAAGCAGAUGAAGAUAUACGAGAACACCCUCUUUCCUCACGUCAAAUAUGUGAUGGACAAAUUCCGACACAAGCUCCCAAAGGAGGAUCUGAAGAAGUUUGCCAAGGAGGUGAACAAGAAGUUAGUUGCGUCAGACUACAAAAAUCGCCGUGUUGAAGAUCCGAAUACGAUAUCCAAAAAGCAGGAGCAGAAGAUCAAGAGCUACGUCAAGGACUUCUUUGAUAAAGCUGUUGUCAAGUACAAUGCGAAUGAGAGAAGGAAGAACGACAAGCUCAGAAACGGAGCCAGCAGCUCACCCAAAGGACCGCAAACUGCCGCCAAGGUUGAGGCCGAACUGAAGGACGAUGAUGUUGAAGAUGACAUGGCCAUGACUGACGAUGAAGGCGCCAACUCCACACCGUCGGAGCAGAAACGGAAGCGGGAUGACGGUGAUGAUACCGGUUCGAACCCGUCCGAGCCAUACGCAAAACGCGUAAAAGAGGAAGAUGCACCUACGCCGCCACCUCCUCCGCCACCCCCUCCAGCUGUGGACGCUUCUGACAACGUGGUGGCUUCGGCCGAUUCAGAUGCCCUCCGGCAGCAGGAAGCUGAACUCGAACGGGAAAAUGAGCUUAACAGGCUAGAAUUCGAACGAGAACAGCUUGGCAAUGGUAAUCAACAGCAAUCUACUGUCCUGAGCCACUAG